AUGGGGUUCAUGGUGGCACAAAAAGGAGGUCCGAACAGGGCGGGAUUCACAAAAAAAGAUCUAUAUAACCAUUUUGACAGAUCGAGGCGUGCUAAGAUAAAAGAUGGUGAUGCACAUGCAGCAUUGAGUUACCUAAUUUCUAAGGCAGAUGAAGAUCCACUAUUGCAAGGGAAGUUUACUUUGAAGGAUGGUAAGCUUGAUAAUUUAGUGUGGGCUGAUGGAUCUAGCAUCACUGAUUACCAAUGUUUUGGUGAUGUGUUGGCCUUCGACACGACAUACCAAAAAAAUAAGUAUAAUAGGCCGUUGGUUGUCUUCUCAGGAACAAAUCAUCAUGGACAAACAUGCAUUUUUGGUUGUGGUUUAUUAUCCGAUGAGAAGCGGGAAACCUAUGUUUUGGUGUUGAAUAUGUUCAUGGAGAUAAUGGGUAAUAAACAACCUAUAGCCGUGGUGACAGAUGAAAAUCUUGCAAUGAGGGAGGCAAUAAAAGAAGUUCUUCCAAACGCUGCACACCGUCUUUGUGCAUGGCAUCUAUACCGUAAUGCCUGUGAAGCUAUAAAAAAUUCAAAAUUCUUAGAUGGGUUAAAGCACCUAAUGUAUGGAAAUUUUUUUCCUGAAGAGUUUGAGAGAAAAUGGCAUAACUUGAUAUCUGAGUACGGACUUUUUGAGAAUGAAUGGUUGCAAAAGACAUACGGGAUCAAAGAAAUGUGGGCUUCCUCAUAUUUAAAUGAUAAGUUUUUCGGUGAAAUCAGGACUACGUCACAAUGCGAAGGUAUCGACUCCUUGAUAAAGAAUUACAUUAGUAAAAAGUGCUACCUGUUGGAAUUGAUACACAACUUUAAUGAAGCAUUGACGUAG